AUGUCGGCGAUCCAGACAGUCAGUUCCGCAAGCUUUCCCUUGAAGCCCCAUAAUUCACCUGCAGUAGUCGUGACUUCUCCCGGAUUGAUUUUCUGCAGUGGACAAGUCGGCAAAUCUGCUGAUAUAAAGGAAGCUACGCUUCAAUCUCUCACUAAUUUGAAAGAUGUACUUGAACUUGGUGGCUCCUCACUUUCGAAAAUCGUGAAGAUCAAUAUCUUCAUUCUCGAUUUGGACAACUUCGAUGCGAUGAACGAGGCGUUUGUCUCAUUCCUUCCCGAUCCCAAGCCGUCAAGAACCUGCAUUCAGGCCGCACGUUUGCCCAGUGAUGCCACCAUCGAGAUUGAGUGCAUAGCACAGGUGUAA